GAGGAGGGGUUUGAUCGAUGCUAUACACAGUCGGACCCUUUCCAUGCCUCAAAAUUGCAGUUUGAUGAGUAGGUAAAUCUGCGGCGCACUUGAUGACAAUUGGGUCGUAAGCAUGCUCAGAUGCGUGGCCCACCUGCAGCUCCGAUUCUUGCAUCACUUCCAUCGCCGUGCGCUCUCUGGAGCUGCUGGACUCGUUUUGCCUCGCGAUUCUUCGCUCCUUGGCUACUCGAGGAAUUUCGCUCCGGCUACGUCCAUCGGACGCUGCAGCAGCUACAUUGCCACCGCUGCCUUCACUCGGUUGGAUAUCUCUAGAUGUGAAACUCUUGCAUUGGGAAAAACGUCCGCAACCAUCAACGACAUGAAUUUGAGCACGCAAGCUAACACAGGGUUGGCGAAGAGCUUCUGGGCUAGUUGUAAGAGAGAGGCUUAUGCAUCACUCUACCAUCCGUUUGUGGUUGCGUUAGCGGCUGGCACCUUGCCAAAACAAACUUUUCAACGUUACAUGGCACAGGAUGCCUAUUUCUUGGAGGCGUUCAAGAAUGCGUAUCAACUGGCUAUGGAAACCACUACAGACGAAGAGGCAAAGGCCAUCAUUGAGUCCCUUCAGAGAGAUGUGCAGGAAGAGCUCAAUUUGCACUCGUCGAUCAUGCAGUCUUUGGAUGCUACCGAUCAGAAUUGCUUUGAACCAAACAUGGCAACAACAGCGUAUUGUGAUUUUCUGCUAGCCACAGCUACAGGAAGUAACGAAGCACAAAAAUUUGGAAGCACAAGUGCUCAAAUCAUAACCGCUAUGACUCCUUGCAUGCGGCUAUAUGCAUUUUUGGGGCAGGAGCUCAAAAAACACGUUGAUCAUGUUGCUGACCAUCCUUACCAGGAGUGGAUUGAUACUUACUCUGCUGCAGAGUUCGAGGCUGCAGCUUCGAAGAUUGAGCAGCUGCUAGACAAGUUAACUGCUACUUUGACUGGAAAGCAUGAAAUAGCAUUCUUAGAAAGUCUCUAUCUUCAAGCCAUGAACUUGGAGGUGGAUUUCUUCGGUGCUCAGCUGUUAGGGCCUGUGCUCGUACCCUUCCUCAAAUGCCAACCGGCUCCAGAGAGCUAUAUAUUACUUGCGUCUGACUUUGAUUCCACGUGCACGAUAUCUGAUUCAUGCCCCAUAUUGGCAGACCUGACCGUGCAAACUGCGCGAAAAUCUCACGGUGGUCGUUCAGUUGGUGAAUCAGGGGCCAGCUUGUUGAAAAAAAGAUGGGAUGAUCUCGUCAUGCAGUAUAUGGACGAGUAUGAGGACGUUCUGAAGCGAAGCCUGGUGAAAAAAGAUAAUGGCAGUGUUAAUGCGCUCAGUGCAGAGAAUCUCCAAGAGUUUCUGAAGGAAAUGUCCAACUUCGAACAGAAGGCCAAUGCGAGGGUCGAAGAGGCUGCAGUUCUAAAAGGCUUAUCUCUGGCUUCGAUUCAAGAAGCUGGAAAAUCCAUGCCUCUUCGUGAGGGCUGUUCUGACUUUUUUAAGCGUCUGGAAUCAGGAGAGGUUCUUGUUGACACAUGUAUAUUGUCUGUGUGCUGGAGCAAAACCUUCAUCGAAGCUGUCUUGGAAAAGGGUGAAGUUCGUAUUCCAAACAUCAAUGCCAACGAGCUCGUUUUCGAAGGACGCAUUUCCACCGGUGCUAUUAUCAAAAACGUCGAAACGGCUCUUGACAAGCAAAGACACUUCGUUCAGUUGCUGGAUAAUCUAAAACCAACUCAAGACGUGCUGUCCAUUUAUGUUGGUGAUAGUCUGACUGAUCUUCUCUGCCUAAUCAGAGCAGACCUGGGUAUAGUUCUCGGUGACAGCAGCGCUCUGAAGCAGGUGUAUGGGCCAAAAAUGGCCCCCCUCUUCAUGAAAGCCAUACUCUUGGAGCAGGCAAACAUGCGAGGCAGGCAGCAACCCACAGGUUACGUCUUCACUGUCUCCAGUUGGUAUGAGGUGGAAGCCUUUCUGUUGGGUCCUGCUAGAAACAGACCUUUGUACAUCUAGCUCUAUUUUUUAUGACAAAGAAGAUCACUGUGAUGCUAAAACAAUGUGUUGAGUUGAGUGCCAGUUGAUGUUUCGAUUGUUUUUAUGGCAUUUUCAUUCUUAGCAAAUUAGAAAGCAAGUUCAUUCCAACAUUCUAAUGUUUACAAGGGAUUGAUUGCUAUCAAGUUUUCCUUCAUUGUUCA